AUGGCCAGCAGGAUCACCCCUUUCCUCGUCAGAUCCGCCGUGAGGUCCGCCUCGCGCGCGGCUCGUGCCCCAAUCCAGAUCCAAACUCGCGCCAUAUCCGCCACGGCCCGCCGGACGAGCGACACUCUCUCCGUUCACCGCAACACACCCGACAACAACGCCGAUAUCCCCUUCAAGUUCAACGCUCAGAAUGAGGCCGUCAUCGCCGAGAUCCUCAAGAAAUACCCCCCUCAGUACAAGAAGGCCGCCGUCAUGCCUAUCCUCGACCUCGGGCAGCGCCAGCACGGCUUCUGCUCCAUCAGCGUCAUGAACGAGGUCGCCCGCCUCCUCGAGAUGCCCCCCAUGCGUGUCUACGAAGUUGCCUCAUUCUACACCAUGUACAACCGAACUCCGGUUGGCAAGUUCUUCGUUCAGGCCUGCACAACCACCCCCUGCCAGCUCGGAGGCUGCGGCUCAGACGCCGUGGUCAAGGCCAUCAGCGAGCACCUCGGCAUCAAGCAGGGCGAGACCACCAAGGACGGCCUCUUCACCUUCAUCGAGGUCGAGUGCCUCGGCGCCUGCGUCAACGCCCCCAUGAUCCAGAUCAACGACGACUACUACGAGGACCUCACCCCCGAGACCGUCAAGCAGCUCCUCACGGCCCUCCAGGAGACCGCCGCCAACCCCAACGCCAAGGUCCCCGCCGCGGGACCCCUCAGCGGCAGGCAGACGUGCGAGAACAGCGACGGGCAGACGAACCUGCUGGACCAGCCAUGGGGCGUCGAGAAGACGAGGGCGGACCUGUAA